GAAGAGUAGAAAAAAGGAAGAUGUCUCUCAGAAUACUAAUUGUGGCUGUCCUGGUGUCUUCAGCCAUGGCAACUAAUUUCCGCACAUGCGAUAAAGGGCCCAAGCCGAUAGAAGUUCGAGUGAAAGGUUGUGACGAGCUGCCCUGUAUCAUUAAGCGUGGUGAAAACAUUGUAGCCGAGGUGGACUUCGUGGCGGAAAAAAGCGUUGAAAGCCUGAACGUCAAAGUAAAGGCCACAGUGCUCGGAAUCACCGUGGACUACCCGCUUCCACAGCCAGACGCCUGCAAAUCGCUCAUUGACUCAGCGUGUCCUCUGGAGGCUGGUGAUAUCGCCACUUACACACUCGACCUGCCUAUCACUCCAGUAAUUCCAACGGUGCCUUUUUCAGUUGAUGCUUCACUCAUUAAUGGAGACUCAGAAGAAGUAGUUAGCUGCUUCGGUAUCGACGGAGAAGUUAAGAUAAGAGACAAAACGAAACACAGGACAGAGAGGAUCAGAGAAGACUGGAGUGGAGAUGAGAUCAGGGAAGACCAGAAAAGGAGACAACAGAUCGGAGAUUUCUGCGCUCCGUUUCACCUGCAAAGAACGAGUACGCUAUUAGGAGCUUAUAUAUUCCAAGUGAGAAGAAUGAUCAGACUACUUGCAUUCCUGGUCCUUGCUACCACAGUAUUGGCCACGACAUUUGACAAAUGUUCAGACGAGGAGCCACCUCCAGUCGAGCUGAGGGUGACUAACUGUAAUGAACCGCCCUGCAAGUUCGUGCGUGGUAAAGAAAUGGCUGCUGAAGUGGAUUUCAUCCCCGACCACGACAUAACGAGCCUGACGCCCUACGUGCAAGCCAUCAUCUCUGGACUUCCAGUGAACUACUCGUUGCCACAAACGAACGCCUGCAAAUCUCUUCUGGACAGAACGUGUCCACUGACAAAGGACGAGAAAGUUACGUACGUGCUGAAAAUGCCCAUCCUCUCAGUAUACCCUCCGAUUCCACUGACGGUGAAGCUCGCCUUGAUCGACAACUCAAAUCAUAUAGUCACAUGCUUUAAGAUCGCUGGGAAGGUGCAAUAAGGAAUGGCCACCCCAGAAAUAAAUAGAUGGGAAACUUAAUAUUACGUAUUUUAAAGUAGGUGAAAAGCUUCAUACAUUUUACUGUGCAUAAUUAAUCUGUUUCCCUUAAAGCAUUUCAAAUAUAAAUCGAUUAUUGAGUCAUGUAGCUGUUACCCCAGUCGCACAGGCAUGGGCCUGUCAAUGUAUUAACAAGGAGUUCUUGCAACCAGGCAUGUUUACUUCCCCGUUUUUAGUUUUAAAUAAAAUAAAAAAUACAUAUAUGAUAGCAUAUUAUCUAAAUGUAUACAAAUAUAUAAUGUACAUGGUUCAUACUGCACUAUAAAUGUUUGUGACGAAAGUUCCAUAUGACUCAGAUAAUAAUAAAUAUAAUCAGUAAAAGUUAAAA